UCAAAUUGUAGGUUAUGAAACGUAUUUAAAAUGUACAUUUUGUUUAUGAUUUAUUUUAAUUAAAAAUGGAAUCAAACACCAGCAAGACGAGCUCGUUGCAGGCUCUACUUUUAAGAGCGUGGCGUGAAAGGUGGACCGAUCUACAAUGGGGCAUUAACAUCAAAACGAUACUGCCCCGAGGAGUUAGUGGUGAUGUGUACAAUUUGGCCGAUUGCAUCCUUCAACAGGCAGUUGUCGGUUCAGGGGCCAAUCAACUCGCUCUCAGCUACCUUAAGCAUUCACUAAGUGUUCAACUAGUUUCCCAUGCCGCAGUAUUACAACAUAUCAGUCAGUACUCGCAGUUACAAAAGACACAUUGCGUGUAUAGCCUGUUGGAGUUUUUGGAAGGGGUGUUUCCUGGCAUAACUUAUUGCGGUAAGGCCGAGGAGACGGCCCUCGCCACCGCGUUGCUGUCCAUUGCGUCCUGGUUGUUGCAGGUGUUAUUAAAUUGCUAUUCGACUCCGCAACUCUUAGAAAAGGCCAAUUCGCUUAUCAAGACACUGCUUCAGUCCGAAUUUUACAUUGCCAUGAUGUGCUUAUCACGUUACAGUGAAUCAGAGUUGUUUUGUGACGUCACGAAAAAAUGCGAGGAGGUCGAAGCGUGCCUAGCCGACAAGGAGGAAAUACUCGAAUCUGUGCGUCUGUUAAAAAAGUUGGACGUCGCCAGUUUGCCGCUACCACCGAAGUCCGACAACGGUCCCGGCUGUCUCGUUCAAGCGUGGAUGGCGAUUCAGCUCGUACAACAGCCCGGGAGUCCCACUCAAGUAUUAGUCCGCCAGUUGCGCCUUAUACAACGUUUAAAAGGAUACACCGACGCGCGUCUUUACUCGGAAUUAAUGAGGGCCAGCUUACUUUCGUUGCAAAACGUCAGUCAGACACCUCACGAAAGCCAGUGGGGCGCGUUUGCAUUUUUAAAAGUUCCGCAUGUCAUAGCGGCGAUGGUCGACAAGGCGAACUGCUUGCCCGUGGUUUCAGCGAUUGAACUCCUCUUACAGCACGCGCCCCUAAUCGACACUAUGGACGCACGUUGCUCGUGUUCGUGCCUCGAAUGUCUACUGGGCGAACUCGAGAAGGCACGUUUGCUAACCGAUAUCCAAGUCGAGAUGUUUAUACAAAGACGGGACGUGCCCAAGUCGAUCAAGCUCGAUACGGCCCCCGCGACAACCGGGAUUCCCAAAGUAAUCAUUUGCGCCGAACCUACACUGACGGGCAUCGUGAAAACGUUAUCGACGGACUACCACCAGGAAGCGCUACUGGGCAUGCUUCACCAGGUGUUAACCGGGAAAAGUUUCGAGUUGAUACUGGCCGUAGCCACCGUUGAAGGACAGUUACGGACUUUAGCGACGCGUUUAAUUCGGUUUAAUGAGUGCUCGAAAAUGGGAGGCGACAAGGCGAAGGCGCAAUUAUUCGACAUUAGCUUCCUUAUGUUGGUCUCGAUCGUACAGAAUUACGGGGCGGAAACGGUCUUGGAACCCGGCGGUGAUUCGACGCUGGAACAGUGGGUUAGGGAGUGUAUGGUGGAAGUGAAUCGGCCGAAGCCUCCCGAGCAGCUGUUGCGGUUAUCGGAUCCGAUUUUCGUCGAUUCACUGUUGCAGCAGUUUAAUGUGGGCGAAUCCGACUUUAAAAGCCCGGUGAAGUGGCAGGAAGUUUUGUUUAAUAUGGCCGGGGUAAUGAAGGAGGUACUGGUCGCUUGGGAGCAAGGUGCGUUGGCACCGGCCGACGUAAAACGUAUUUUAGAUGCGGUUCGCGGACGAAUGUGCUGUCUACCCGUGGCCGCGGCCGCUUGGCUUUGCGCCUACAUGCGAACUGCACCUCAAGACACAAUCCUGAAACCGGUCAACAUGGUUCAGCAAUUACUAUCGCCUCCGAUUGCCGAAGACGACAGUCUCAGGGAGCGUUGGCAGCUGUCCUGCGAGAUAAUACGUAAAAUGCAAAGGGACCUGCAACUGCCGCUUCAGGCAAAAAGCGUCGGGAAUAUGGUGUUUCGUCAGCCGGCCACCGAGCAACUUCACAACGCCUGGCUGAAGGCAAUUUCUAGGGGAUGGCUCGAUCAUAAUUCCGGAAGAAACAUGCAGUGUCUCUUGGAAAUGGCCGGAGCGAGGUGGAUGGUUGCCGCGAUUGUUCAGGAAUUACUACAGCUACGCGAUCGCGAUGAACUAGAACGUGGUGUCGAUUUAGCGCUGGCAAUCUUUCAACUUGACAUUGAGGCGUGCGCUCGAGAUCUACUGUCACAUGUUUUACCUCAGCAGUUACACAACAGUCUGCAGUCCGAUACGUUGAUAGAACCACAACUUUCUGCUUUGGCUCGCUUGGCCAGUUAUGUCACAUAUUCUGCUUGUGAUCUAUCGGUGAAAAGUGAGGAAGUAGUUCCACCACCCGCCAAGUUUCCUCGUUUACUAGAAAGCAGCGGUUCGGAUUCGAUUACAGUACCGCUCCGCCAUUUACUUACCGCACUAGAAGGUACAGUACAAGAUGGCCAAAUAACUCAACAAACCUACUUCGCAUUCCAAUUAUUAUUUUACCUCGUCGACGUGCGUUCGAAUAGCACGCCGCUAAUUUUAGCAGCCAUACCUCCGGCGCUAAUAGCCGAUCUUUUAAGAACGCUACCGGAAUUAUUUAAUUCGCCACUUCUACUACAUUUACAUGAUGUAAGCACGCAAUCGGGAAGGACAAAUAUGGCAAAAGAUCUUUGUAUGUUACGAAAUUAUCAAUUAAGAAAGAACGUUUAUACAUCUUAAUUAAACUAUUUAUUUAAGGAUAA